AAGGUCGAGAGGAUGCUAUGCUGCAUGUGACUGAAGCUCGCGUUUGCACUACAUUCGAAUUGCCGAGUAAGUGAGACCUUUCCCAGUGCAUUUACCGGCGGUAGGAUAGUAAGCUUUGUAAAAACUGAAAAGACGUCCGAACCAAGUCAGAUUGGAGACCAAGGCUGAAAAACCUAGCGAUGUAGUUAUUACGUAGUCCCUGAUCAAGGAGAAUAUGACGGCGGCGAUGCGUGGGUUGAUGUCGUUGCUCGCACAAGUGUGAGAUGAAUUGGGACGCUUGACCGGAAGGAGUUACCGGUAGGCAAUUAGGCUAUCUACACAGGUCACGAUCAACGCACACCACUCCCUCUACAUCAACACCUAUUCUUGACACAAGCCCCCCUCUGCCAAAGCAUUUUGGACCAUCCAGCGUUAUGGCCUUCCUCUCGCACUCUAUCCCAUGGCACGUCCUCUCCACAAUGUUGGAGUAUGGAGAGCGCUGUGAUAUAGGUCCCCAGCAUCCUGACUUGUGGGCGAAAAACAAAGAGGGUCAGCGCAAGCAGAUCGAAUACUUUACUCAUAAACUACAACAGACACUCCUCGAGCAUUCUACCACGGAGCGCCGAAAAUAUCGACUCACUCAAGACUACGUGAAGCGAGCAGAGAAAUGGACUGUGUCAGAGCCGGCAGAUAUUGUUGCAGUGGAGCCACCUUCGCUUGAAGAUGACCAUCCCCAAGGAGAGAUCAUGGAACCCUCACUUAGAAAGCGCAAUGCGGAGCGUCGCUCACUGGCCGCUGAAUCAUGGCCGGCAUCCUCUCCAGAGCGACGCCUCGUUUACCCACCAGAUUUCGCCACAACAUACAUGUCCUAUGUACCCAUUACAUCUGGCGCAGCGUACGGGCGCUGCGGCAUUGUCGAAGACUUUGCACGCAUAGAAACGUGGAUAGGAUUCACCGCUCGCAACGCUCGCUACUCUGCGAAUCGUGGCAGCGAGGACGAAUACAACCGACUGUGGCUGGAUAGAAAAUCCUGUUCAGACAUCAUCCGAAUCUCGAUCAUUGAUUCUGCCACAACAGUAGACUCCGUGAGGAAGACGCGCAUGAUUGAGACGAUGCUCCUUCUUGCGCAUCACCCGCACGUGGGUGUUACCGAAUUCAUCAGCGAUGGCAUGAGCUGUUGUAACAAAAGCGUUGGUCUAACAUCUCUCAUUAAAAGCGUUGCCGUGCCGUUCAUAUAUCUGAAUAUUCUCUGGUUGUACGUCGAUGGGAAUCCGUCGUCUCCGUUACUACAGCCACGGGAGCAACUGCAACAUUAUGCGUAUGGCUACUAUCGUAAUUCCACCUUCGUAACCCUAUUGCCGCGACCCGCAUACAUGAACACGCAAAGCUUCAACAACAUGAUGGCCACUGUUCUGGAGGAGCACGGCCAUGUGGUCGAACACGUGUUCUUCAAUCCACUUCUCGCUCCGUACGACAGUGGCAGACGUUCCAAAUAUCUGAAACUUUCCAUGGCAGAGAGCCAACUAGACACAGAAGACCUCAGAAGAGAGCGGGAUGUUUUUACCGACCUUCCCAUGCUUAAAGAAGCGCUGAAGGGAAUGUGGAAGAUUCUGGUGUCCUGCGAUAUGCUGUUCAAAGAGAUCGGGAAGCCUGUUAACUGGGAGUACGUGGUCAUCGAGAGUAUGAGCCUGCUUUUCCAGGAUAAAGGCGGUUUCGAGAGAUUGAUGGGGACGGACUGGAUGGACUAUGAACUGGCUCGCAACAAGCAAGAGAGCUUCGGGUUUUACGCUGCCAUUGAUGCAGAGGUCAGGGCAUCGUGAAGAACACACUUGAAUUGGGUAUUCCAAACCUUUGCCCACUAGACACCUAUCGCAAAGAGUGGCCGAUGUGCAGAGUGUGCGCGCAACGGCCAAUCAAGACCCUGGCCAGGGUUUCCCGACUAUGCAGCCUGCACGUUCUGCAUUCUUUAAUCUGGAGGUAGCCUUCCAAUUGGAUAGAUCCUACCUUCAG